AGAAAAUCCUGAUUGGCCUCUCUGCCGUUCCCCACGCGACAGAUCCCCACCGCAGACCUCGCCACCGCCGCCGCCGCCGCCGCCGCGGCGUAGGUUGUUGCGCGCUGACGGCCACGCGCGGCAGGAGAGGUCGAGGAGAUACGGAGGUCGGCGGGUGUCCCGAAGAGGCCGCCGUCGCAUCUCCGGCCGUCCGCGAUAGCCCUGUACGGCGGAAAACUACUAGUCCGCCGUCCAUCGCGGGGGGCCGCCGGCGCGGUAGACCAGAGCUCCUGCGGCAUCCAAUCUCUGCCCAUCAAAUUAGUGCUCGUUGCUCGGUAUGCUAGCACUGGUAUGGAUAUAUUAGCAGCAGAGACGAAUUUCUUUAUACAUAUAGGCUGUUUGUUACCGCGGCGAUACCAUCAAGUUGGUGGAGAAAUCCCUAUUUCUUCGCGGUAGAGGACUGCAUACAAGUAAUUUGAUGUGCCCAAGUAUCUGAUUACUCACUUGUUUGUGCAAUGAGCGUGGAUUCAGGUUGUUGGGAGCAACAGAAGGGGAUUAGCAUUUGUUUGCAGGUUCACUUCAGAGGCUGCUUUGAUCUGAGAAUCUCUCUGACUCCCCAAACUCCUGUGGAUUGUCAAGGAGAUUAAAUAGUGUCGACAGGCCUUGCGAGAUUCCAGUGGAUUCGCAAGUGACAGUUUCCCGUUAGAAAGAUGGCUGACUUUUAGUUUAGGUCAUCAGUCUUAUCAGUUUGCUCAUGUACCGUGCUUUUGCAUUGAAUUUACAGUGUGGAUUGUGGAAGGAAGCUCCAUGCUGCUGAAGCAAGAUAGAGGAUCUGACUCCUGAUUGGACAGACAUUUGUCUUACUUGUCUCAUGCCAUCGACUUAAAUUGGACUGGACAAUCAGCAAAGUCAAAUGGCAGAACCAUAGCCAUCGUAUUCAUCAUCAUCUCGUGGGAAAAAGAAGCGACCACGCCCUCCUAAUGACGAUGCCACAAGUUCACAAGGCAGAUCCGAGCAUGGCACAAGCCUUGAGGACAACCUUAUAUUCAGUGAUACUUUGAUAGCUCUACAGUUGAUGCGCACACAGUUCCCAAAGCUAGAGAAGGACAGUAUUCCUGUGCCACAAGGUGCUCUGGAAAGCCAAAGUGCCUGUCAAGUGCCUUUUCUUCAUCUGGUUAGCACUGCAGCACCAUUGCUGGGAGUUGACCAGCUAAAAUGCCUGCAGCUGCCCAAACACGCCGAGACGGUGAACACUGCUCCUGGUUGAGAUGGAAUCUGCUGUCAGGAGGUCAACGGGUAAAAACAAAGAUGGUAGUGAAGUGUUUGAUUGGUUUGAGAAAUAUGUUCUGCGUUCGAAAUUGGAUGUUAGCAUUGAUCACCUAGAGCUGUGCUCACUGUUAUCACAUGGUGGUGAUGCAAGAGAUAAACAUAUCACCUUAUUGAUGAAUGCUGGUCUCCUGACACGCCAACUAAUAGAUCCAAACAUGUACUGGUUUUCUAUUCCAAGUAUUGGUCCUAUCCCAGACCUCGUCACAACUGAUAGAAGACAAGAAUUGACGUUCGUCAAAAGUAACGACAUCAUUAAACUUGAUAGGAGCAAGACAUAUCCUCCUGCCUGGUUUCAAAAACUGGUGUAUCUGCUAAUGAUGAAUUGGGGGAUUGUGUGCUCUCUUCCAGGUCAAGAUCACAGGGUUGUCCUGUGUUCUCUCUUCCAGGUCAAGAUCAGGGUUGUCCUGUGUUCUCUCUUCCAGGUCAAGAUCAGGGUUGUCCUGUGUUCUCUCUUCCAGGUGAUGGGCGUUGUUGUCCUGCCUGGUCUCUUCCUGGUGAGGAACAGAGUUGUCCGGGUUACUGACAACAUCUACAACAUCCAUGCUCUCAUGAGGUUCGUUCUGAGAGACAACACCCAUGAUCUCUUCCUGGCAACUGACAUGAGGUUUGGGGUCUUCCGCAUUUUGGUGGUCAUCAUGAGGUUCGUUCUAAGAGACAUGAGGUUUGGGGUCUUCCACAUUUUGGUGGUCAUCUUCGGGGUUGUCCUGUGUGAUCUCUUGACCGCCCCCUGCAUUUUCCUCUUCCAGGUGAUGGGCAUGAGGUGUGAUCUCUUCGGGGCGAGGGAACGGAGUUGUCCUGGUCACUUCCUGGAUCAAAAUCCAUCCUCUCUUCCUGGCCACUAACCUGAGGUUCGACCUGGUUGUUCUGUGUCUCUUCCAUCCUCUCUUCCCGUGCAUCUUCCGCAUUUUGGUCAUCUUCGGGGUUGUCCUGUGUGAUCUUCAUCCUUUCUUCCUGGCCACUGACCUGAGGUCCGACCUGAGGUUCGACCUGGUUGUUCUGUGUCUCUUCCAUCCUCUCUUCCCGUGCAUCUUGGACAUGAGAUUCGUCAUGAGAUUCGUCCAUGCUCGUUUCCUGGUGACUGACAAAACCCUCCUCAUCAUCCUCAUCCUCAUCCUCCUCCUCCUCCUCGGCUGCUCGGCAUGGAAGGUUUCUCUUGUUCAAAUUGUGACGGAGGAGGCUGAUAGAAAGCUCCUUGCGGAACUUCAACACCUUUUCCUGCAUUUUUCAGGCAUAAAUCAUUUGUUUCAGAAUUUGAAUAGAACAAAACUUGAAAAACAAGGAUCAAUGUUUACCUCAUCGAUGUUAGAUACCGCCAUCUGCUCUAGCCCUUGGAUAUAUAAUAGAACAUGAAAUCCACAAUCACGACUGCAAUAAUUUAAUUGCAAUAAUCAGUGCUAGAAAAGGUGGUAAACACAGACUACGGUUUGUGUCAUCCACUUACGUAUUCUUUUGAUGUUCAACCUCUGGAAACUCUACAUCAUAAUCAGAAAUGUUGAUGUUAUGUUUAGCGCUUAAAUAUGAUUCCAGCUUAGUCAACACAUCACGUGCCACGUCUUGAUGUAUCCCUGGACAGGAGUCCAGGAUAUAUUUCUUUUUUGCCGUAAUAGAAACGGCAACCAAGGAAUAAUGAUGACGGUAAACUAUAGGAAUGAAUAGCUGAAAAAAAUCUACUGUCAAAACUCAUGACAUUGAAAUACAAAGAUCUGAUACAAUAAAUACACAAACCUGUGUCAUAUCCUUCACUUUCUCUGUUGUAAGCUGCUUGUCCAGAUAUUUAGUUUCAUCAUCUAGACGCAGCAAAUCACCCUGGAAUAAUCAAAGAGACGACAAUCAUAGGUCAAUCAUACGUACAAGUUAGGGUUUAGGGUUAGGGUUUAAGGACAAGUACUUACAACAGAAAAUUCUUCAAGGAUAACUUUAUCCUUCCAGCCCUUUGACCAUAUGUGGCAUACUAAGUGUAGUAUAUUCGAUUGCAUCUGGCCAAGUGGUUUGAAACAAUCUACAAAAGUAGACUUGUGUACACGAUAGUCACCAAUCUCUAAUACAAUAGAGUCACGGGUUCUUUGUAAAACAUAUUUCUUGUACAAAUCAUCAACACUAUUGUCGUCAGAAUUCUGAUGGUAGAAAUAAAGAAAAAGAUUUUAGUUAGCGGUAUACAUAUAUUGGGUGGUAACAUCUUGAGAAAUAUAAGAAGUUGCAUCAAGAUAUUCAAGAAAUAUAAGGGGAGUGACAGACAUAUGUUGGGCUGUAACAGGCCUUGAGGAGUAACAGAAUUAUAUUGUGUGCUAACAUACAUAUAUUGGGUGGUAACAUCUAGGAGGAGUAACAAAAGUACUAUGGGGAGUGACAGACAUAUAUUGGGCUGUAACAGGCCUUGAGGAGUAACAGAAUUAUAUUGGGUCACCCAAAAUAAUUCACUCGUGCCCUAGGGGGUAAGAAACUGUAGCACUCCGUAUCCCCUGCCCCUCUUCUUUUACUCGUGCCCUAGGGGUAAUCGCCGCACCGGCGAAGCCGAGGUGGACGGCGACGAUGGCAGCAUCCCCUGCCCCUCUCCUAUAUGACAGAUUCAUCAUCGUCCCGAAAAACGCAGCACGACCACUCCGCAUCCCACUUUGGUGGUAGCAUUUAGAUACAUUACUAGUAAGAUGCCCAUGCAUUGCACGGAACACCAAGAUUGGGGGUGGACGGUGCCGGCAGUGGCCAUUACACCAGAUUGAUCCAUAGCCUCAGAUCCAGAUCCGACGGCUGUUGGUGAUAGAUGGCAGGCACACCAUCAUCACCAACUCAGGUUUUUAUAUACAAAUAACUAAGCGCUUUUCCUUCCUAUGUGACCGAUUCAUCAUCGUCCCAAAAAACACGACGCAACCACUCCGUAUCCCCUGCCCCUCUUCUUUCACUCGUGCCCUAGGGGUAAUCGCCGCACCAGCGAAGCCGAGGUGGACGGCGAUGACGGCAGCAUCCCCUGCCCCUCUUCUUCCACUCGUGCCCUAGGGGUAAUCGCCGCACUGUCGAAGCCGAGGUGGACGGCGAUGACGGCGAACCACCCCCUCCUAGCGACCCGGAUAAGUGCCAUGUAACCAAGCGACAUAUAGGACUUGAGGAGUAACAGGAAUUGAAGAGUAACAGAAGUACAUGAGGAGUAACAUGUCUUGAGGAGUAACAAAAUUAUAUUAUCAGGUAACAAUAUAUAGGAGGAGUAACAGAAGUAUAGGACUGCUAAAUCCAAAGUACAUAGGAGUGUUCAACACGAAAUUACAUAAGAGUGCUCAAGAGUAGAUGCAAAUCGCCGCACCGGCGAACCGAGGUGGACGGUGAUGACGGCAAACCACCCCCUCUUAGCGACCCGGAUCAAUGCCAAACAGGCCUUGAGGAGUAACAGAAAAGGAGCAGGGAUACUUACCAAUAAUUUGCCAUAGCAACUUUCCUCCCAGCUAAUCAACUGAAAAGGACAAAGAAAUAUAAAGUGGCAAUAGCAACAUAAUUAUAGAAAGAUGAGAUGAUUUGUACUUACAUUAAUGUCUUCUAGUUUCUUCGUUUUCCUCACACCACACCUGGCCUUAGACUUCUUCUGAUAGGGACAUAAACAAAAAAAAGUUGCAUCAACAGAAGUCCAUAGUUGCAUCAACAAUUACUAAUAGAUUUCCUUUACAUAGUUUCUUACCAUAGACUUCUUCUUGGGCU